UCACCUCCUGAAAACACGAGGACGUUUUUCCGUCUCUGUCCAGAAUUUAUUCUAUUUUUCUGUGAUUGAAAAGCCGUUGGAUUUAAAGUUGGUUUUGGGGAUUUGAGCUGUUCACUCUCUUUGAAAGCAACAUUUUCCCUUCAGUACGGGGUAUUUCUUUCUUUUUUUCAGCUCAGAGUCAGCUAUGAGUUGUGACUCUGUGACUAAAGCUGGAUUUAGAGUUUAUUUUUGUGAAUUUGCUUAGUAAGUUUGGCCUCUGUUCAAAAUUAAAAGGAAGGUAUUUAUUUCUUCUUUUUGCAGAUUUUACUCACAAGAUUUUUGUUCAGUUUUUUACCGCACUUCAUCUGAAAAUUGCUCCGUUUCCAUGAGCGAUAAACUGGACUGAAAGCAUGACCCAGAUCUUCUGCCUGCAGUCUGUGAUCGCGGUGGGCUGAUCUGCGGCCGGUUUUAUUCAUCGGGACUCCUUUUCCUCUCCUUUUGGAUUUAUCGUUAUCCGGAGUUGUGUGUGUAUAUUAGUUGUGAAUAUCUGGGGCAGAGAUGGAGGUGGAGUGGGCGUCGGCGGACUCGGCUCAGCUGCAGUUCAACUACAACCAGCUGGAGGGUCGAUUCAAACAGCUGCAAGAUGAGCGUGAGGCGGUCCAGAAGAAGACCUUCACCAAGUGGGUGAACUCUCACCUGUCCAGAGUCUCCUGCAGGAUCACAGACCUCUACAUGGACCUGAGAGACGGACGCAUGCUCAUCAAGCUGCUGGAGGUCCUGUCAGGAGAGAGACUGCCGAAACCCACCAAAGGCCGGAUGCGUAUCCACUGUCUGGAGAAUGUGGACAAAGCUCUGCAGUUCCUGAAGGAGCAGCGGGUUCACCUGGAGAACAUGGGAUCUCACGACAUUGUGGACGGAAACCACCGACUGACGCUGGGCCUCAUCUGGACCAUCAUCCUCCGCUUCCAGAUCCAGGACAUCAGUGUGGAGACUGAAGACAACAAAGAGAAGAGAUCAGCCAAAGACGCUCUGCUGCUCUGGUGUCAGAUGAAGACGGCAGGGUAUCCCAACGUGAACAUCCACAACUUCACCACAAGCUGGAGAGAUGGCAUGGCCUUCAAUGCUCUCAUCCACAAACACAGGCCCGAUCUGAUCGACUUUGACAAACUGAAAAAGUCCAAUGCUCACUACAACCUGCAGAAUGCUUUUAACCUGGCAGAGCAACACCUGGGCCUCACCAAGCUGCUGGACCCAGAGGAUAUCAGCGUGGACCAUCCUGAUGAGAAGUCAGUCAUCACUUACGUGGUGACGUACUACCAUUACUUCUCCAAGAUGAAGGCUCUGAAGGUGGAGGGCAAACGCAUCGGAAAGGUGUUGGACAACGCCAUUGAGACGGAGAAGAUGAUUGAGAAAUAUGAGUCUCUGGCGUCCGACCUGCUGGAGUGGAUUGAACAGACCAUCAUCAUCCUCAACAACAGGAAGUUUGCCAACUCUCUGGUCGGAGUCCAGCAGCAGCUUCAGGCCUUCAACACCUACCGAACUGUGGAGAAACCUCCAAAGUUCACAGAGAAGGGAAACCUGGAGGUUCUUCUCUUCACCAUCCAGAGUAAGAUGAGAGCCAACAACCAGAAGGUCUACAUGCCCCGAGAGGGAAAACUCAUCUCAGAUAUCAACAAGGCCUGGGAGCGUCUGGAGAAGGCGGAGCAUGAGAGGGAGCUGGCACUGAGGACGGAGCUGAUUCGACAGGAGAAACUGGAACAGCUGGCUAGACGCUUUGACCGCAAGGCGGCCAUGAGAGAGACCUGGCUCAGCGAAAACCAGAGACUGGUGUCACAGGACAACUUUGGUUUCGACCUUCAGGCUGUUGAGGCGGCCACCAAGAAACACGAGGCAAUUGAGACGGACAUCGCGGCAUACGAGGAGCGUGUCCAGGCUGUGGUUGCUGUUGCAAAGGAGCUGGAGGUGGAGCGCUACCACGACAUCAAACGCAUCACGGCCAGGAAGGACAAUGUAAUCCGGCUGUGGGAGUACCUGCUGGAGCUGCUGAAGGCCCGCAGACUUAGGCUGGAGAUGAACCUGGGCCUGCAGAGAGUCUUCCAGGAGAUGCUGUAUAUCAUGGAUUGGAUGGACGAGAUGAAGAUGCUGCUGCUGUCUCAAGAUUAUGGGAAGCAUCUGUUGGGUGUGGAGGACCUGCUACAGAAACAUGCCCUGGUGGAGGCCGACAUUGCCAUCCAGGUUGACCGGGUGAAGGCGGUAACCACUAACGCCAACAAGUACUCCGUCAAUGACAGCGGUUACAAGCCCUGUGACCCUCAAAUCAUCCAGGACCGGGUGGCCCAUCUGGAGUUUUGCUACCAGGAGCUGACCCAGCUGGCUGCUGAGCGUCGCGCCCGCCUGGAGGAGUCCCGCCGCCUCUGGAAGUUUUUCUGGGAGAUGGCCGAGGAGGAGGGCUGGAUCCGUGAGAAGGAGCAGAUCCUGUCUUCUCUCGAGCAUGGCAAGGACCUGACGGGCGCACUGCGCCUCCUCAGCCAGCAGCGUGCCUUGGAGGACGAGAUGAGCGGCCGUGCUGGACACCUCCAGCACACCAUCGCUGAGGGCCAAGCCAUGGUCGAUGCCGGUCAUUUCGGUGCCACUAAGAUUCAGGAGCGUAUCACUGACCUGCAGGCUCAGUGGGCAGCACUGGAGCAGCUGGCAGUGGUGAGAAAGAAGAGGCUGGAGGAGGCUCUAGCCCUGCACCAGUUCCAGGCUGACGCAGAUGAUGUUGAUGCCUGGACGCUAGACGCCCUGCGCAUUGUCUCCAGUGGAGAGACAGGCCAUGACGAGUUCUCCACCCAGGCGCUGGUCAGGAAACACAAGGACGCAGCGGCAGAGGUGGCCAGCUACAGGCCGGUCAUUGACUCACUGCACGAGCAGGCCACCGCCCUUACCAAAGAGGAGGCAGAGUCAGAAGAGGUGCGCGGUCGGCUGGCUGGCAUCGAGGAGCGCUACAAGGAGGUAGCUGAGCUAACGAAGCUGAGAAAACAGGCACUGCAGGACGCUCUGGCACUCUAUAAGAUGUUCAGUGAAGCCGACGCCUGUGAGGUGUGGAUCGAUGAAAAGGAGCAGUGGCUGAAUAGCAUGGAGAUCCCUGAAAAACUGGAGGACCUGGAGGUCAUACAGCACAGGUUUGAGAGCCUGGAGCCAGAGAUGAACAACCAAGCGUCUCGUGUUGCUGUGGUGAACCAGAUCGCCCGGCAGCUGAUACACAGUGGUCACCCAAGUGAGAAAGACAUCAAGAGCCAGCAGGACAAACUCAACAACAGGUGGAGUCAGUUCCGCGACCUGGUGGACCAGAAGAAGGAGUCCCUGAACUCAGCUCUGGGUGUGCAGAACUACCACCUCGACUGCAAUGAGACCAAGUCCUGGAUCAAAGAGAAGACCAAAGUCAUCGAGUCCACGCAGGAGCUGGGCAACGAUCUAACCGGAGUUAUGGCCCUGCAGCGUAAACUGACCGGUAUGGAGCGCGACUUGGCUGCCAUCGAGGACAAACUGGGCGACUUGCGAAGUGAGGCCCAGCGGCUGGCAGAGGAGCACCCCGACCAGGCUAAGGCCAUCACAGGCCGUCUGGCUGAGAUCACUGCCGUCUGGGAGGAAAUGAAAAACACUCUGAAGAACCGUGAGGAGUCUCUGGGUGAGGCCAGGAAGCUGCAGCAGUUCCUGCGUGAGCUGGAUGACUUCCAGUCAUGGCUUUCCCGCACUCAAACGGCCAUUGCCUCCGAGGACAUGCCCAACACACUGGCUGAGGCCGAGAAGCUGAUGGCUCAGCACGAAGGCAUCAAGAACGAGAUCCAGAACUAUGAGGAAGACUACCAGAAGAUGCGGGACAUGGGGGAGAUGGUGACACAGGGCCAGACGGAUGCUCAGUACAUGUUCCUGCGACAGAGGCUGCAGGCGCUCGACACCGGCUGGAACGAACUGCACAAGAUGUGGGAGAACCGGCAGAACCUGCUGUCCCAGUCCCACGCUUACCAGCUGUUCCUCAGGGACACAAAACAGGCCGAGGCCUUCCUCAACAACCAGGAAUACGUCCUGGCUCACACCGAGAUGCCCACAACUCUAGAGGGCGCCGAGGCUGCCAUCAAGAAGCAGGAGGACUUCAUGACCACCAUGGACGCCAACGAGGACAAGAUCAACAGUGUAGUGGAGGCUGGCAGGCGACUGGCCAGCGACGGGAACAUCAACGCCGAACGUAUCCAGGAGAGAGUCGCCUCCAUCGAUGACAGACAUAAGAAGAACAGGGAGGCUGCAGUGGAGCUGCUGAUGAGACUGAAGGACAACAGAGACCUGCAGAAGUUCCUGCAGGACUGCCAGGAGCUGUCUCUGUGGAUCAAUGAGAAGAUGCUCACAGCUCAGGACAUGACCUACGACGAGGCCAGGAACCUGCACAGCAAGUGGCUGAAGCACCAGGCCUUCAUGGCUGAACUGCAGUCCAAUAAAGAGUGGCUGGACAAGAUCCAGAAGGACGGCAUGUUGCUGGUGUCGGAGAAGCCGGAGACAGAGGUGGUGGUGAAGGAGAAGCUGUCGGCGCUCCACACGAUGUGGGAGGAGUUAGAGUCCACCACGCAGACCAAGGCCCAGUGCCUGUUCGACGCCAACAAGGCCGAGCUGUUCACUCAGAGCUGUGCUGACCUCGAUAAGUGGCUGGUCGGCCUCGAGGGUCAGAUCCAGUCGGACGACUAUGGCAAGGACCUGACGUCCGUCAACAUCCUGCUCAAGAAACAACAGAUGCUGGAGAACCAGGUGGAGGUGCGUCAGAGGGAGGUGGUGGAGCUGCAGAGCCAGGUGAAGGCUCUGGGUCAGGAGGUGAAGGACACUGAUGAGGUGGACGGGCGGAGGCAGCUGGUGGAGAGGAAGUUCCAGGACCUGCUGGAGCCGCUGAGACGCCGCAGGAACUUCCUGGUGGCAUCAAGAGAAGUUCACCAGUUCAACCGAGACGUCGAGGACGAGAUCCUGUGGGUUCAGGAGAGGAUGCCUGUGGCCACGUCCACCGACCACGGACACAACCUGCAGACCGUCCAGCUGCUCAUCAAGAAGAACCAGACUCUUCAGAAGGAGAUCCAGGGCCAUCAGCCUCGUAUAGACGACAUCCUGGAGCGCAGUCAGAGCCUCCUGCAGGACGAGUCCUCGAACGCCGACGUUAUCCGUCAGCGUCUGGCCGACCUGCGGGAGCUGUGGAGGCAGCUGAUGGACGAGGCGGAGCGACGACACGGCCGGCUUGAGGAGGCCCACAAGGCCCAGCAAUACUACUUCGAUGCUGCAGAGGCUGAGGCCUGGAUGAGCGAGCAGGAGCUGUACAUGAUGUCAGAGGAGAAGGCCAAGGAUGAGCAGAGUGCUGUCGCCAUGCUGAAGAAGCACCAGAUUGUGGAGCAGGCGGUGGAGGACUACGCUGAGACCGUCCACCAGCUGUCCAAGACCAGCAGAGGACUGGUGGGUGAUGGACACCCUGAAAGUGAGCGUAUCAGCAUGCGUCAGUCUCAGGUGGAUAAGCUGUACGCCGGCCUGAAGGACCUGUCAGAAGAGAGGCGGGGCAAACUGGACGAGAGGCACCGCCUCUUCCAGCUGAACCGAGAGGUCGACGACCUCGAGCAGUGGAUCGCUGAGCGGGAGGUGGUGGCCGGGUCACACGAGCUGGGACAGGACUACGAACAUGUUACUAUGUUGCAGGAACGUUUCCGGGAGUUUGCCCGGGACACCGGCAACAUCGGUCAGGAACGCGUGGACGCCGUUAACCGUCUGGCGGACGAGCUGAUCAACGCCGGGCACAGCGAUGCAGCGACGGUGGCGGAGUGGAAAGACGGGCUGAACGAGGCCUGGGCUGACCUGCUGGAGCUCAUCGACACCAGGACGCAGAUCCUUGCCGCCUCCUUCGAGCUCCACAAGUUCUACCAUGAUGCCAAGGAGAUCCUCGGACGCAUCCUGGACAAGCAGAAGAAGCUGCCGGAGGAGGUCGGCCGAGACCAGAACACAGUGGAGACGCUGCAGAGGAUGCACACCACCUUCGAACAUGACAUCCAGGCCCUGGGCACACAGGUGAGGCAGCUCCAGGAGGAUGCGGUGCGCCUCCAGUCGGCGUACGCCGGCGAUAAAGCCGACGACAUCCAGCGGAGGGAGACCGAGGUGCUGGAGGCCUGGAGGAUUCUGCUGGAGGCCUGCGACGGACGCCGGGUCCGCCUCCUCGACACUGGGGACAAGUUUAGGUUUUUCAGCAUGGUCCGGGACCUGUUGCUGUGGAUGGAUGACGUGAUCCGGCUCAUCGAGGCCCAGGAGAAACCCAGAGAUGUGUCAUCGGUGGAGCUGCUGAUGAACAACCAUCAGGGCAUCAAAGCAGAGAUCGACGCCCGAAACGACAGCUUCACAACCUGCAUCGAGCUGGGAAAAGCCCUGCUGGCCAGAAAACACUACGCAUCCGAGGAGAUCAAAGAGAAGUUACUGCAGCUGACGGACAAGAGGAAAGAGAUGAUUGACAAGUGGGAGGAUCGAUGGGAGUGGCUACGACUCAUCCUGGAGGUGCACCAGUUCUCCCGGGAUGCCGGGGUGGCGGAGGCCUGGCUGCUCGGCCAGGAGCCCUACCUGUCCAGCAGGGAGAUGGGUCAGAGCGUGGACGAGGUCGAGAAACUCAUCAAACGCCACGAGGCCUUUGAGAAGUCAGCGGCCACCUGGGAGGAGCGCUUCUCUGCCCUGGAGAGGCUGACUACGUUGGAGCUGUUGGAGGUGAGGAGGCAGCAGGAGGAGGAGGAGAGGAGGAGGAAGCCUCCGUCCCCAGAACCAGCUGUGGUUCAGCAGGAGGAGUCUCAGCAGCAGAGUGGGGCCAUCACUCAGAACGGACUGCCGUCAGAUCAGGACUCUGCUCGGGACGUUGUGGACGCUGGAGAUCUGGUGAACGGCGUGGCAGAGCGGAGCUCCAAGGAGCCGAGCCCAACCGCCUCCCCCACCUCCGGCAGGAAGAGUAAAACCAGCCAGUCGUCCACGCUGCCCUCCAAGAACCAGGACUCGUCGUCCUCACAGCUGGAGGGACUCCUGCACCGCAAACAUGAGUGGGAGGGCCACAACAAGAAGGCCUCCAACAGGUCGUGGCACAACGUGUACUGUGUCAUCAACAACCAGGAGAUGGGUUUCUAUAAGGACAGCAAGGCGGCGGGUCAGGGGGUCCCGUAUCACAACGAGUUACCCAUCGGCCUGAAGGAGGCGACCUGUGACGUGGCCUCAGACUACAAGAAGAAGAAACACGUCUUCAAACUCAGAGUGACUGAUGGAAACGAGUAUCUGUUCCAAACCAAAGAUGAAGAGGAGAUGAGCACCUGGAUCCAGGCCAUCCUGAACGCCAGCACCGGAGACCGCUCCGACGUCCAGGGCAGCAACCCCGGCACGCCGGUGUCUGUGCGUGCUCAGACGCUGCCGGCGGCCAUCACGCUCACCACCGAGUCGAGUCCCGGCAAGAGAGAGAAGGACAAAGAGAAGGACAAGGAGAAACGCUUCAGCCUGUUCAGCAAGAAGAAACAGUAGAAAGUAAAACACGAGCACGUUGGUGAAACUGAAUAAAUCUGGACACACGCUCUGACGUAGGACAUGUCAUGUUUAGCUUCUUUAAAAAAUGCAUAAUUUCUCAUUAUCUGUAAACCUAAAGAACUGGAAUCUACCUCAGAGCGUGUUUUCAAAUUUUUGCUGCUUUUAGCUUCACAAAGGUCUUUUCCUGUCCAGAGAAAUGAAGCUGCUGAAACGUCCCUGAUACUGCAGAUUACUGCAGUGUUAUUUACCAACCCUCUCUGAGCAGGUGAAUUCAGCGCUCACCACUCCAUCAUGAGACCUUCGUAAAGUCAGACACAGUUUUCAGACUGCAGACUUCACCGGCCAUCAACCUCUGACAUUUCCUGUUCAUUCGAACCUGCCUUCAUUGCUAAGAACGAUUAGAUUCUCUCUGAGAACAUCUGCAUAGGUUUUAGAAACACAUCUGACAAAACUGACGUCAAAUCCAUUCAUCCACUAAUUGUGACAAUAUUUCGCAGAGAAACUGAAUUUCGUGUGAAAAAUUGCAGCCAUAAAUGUCUUGGAUUUUUAAGUUUAAAACUGAGUGACUCAUUUGCACAAUAAUAAUCACACCUGAUGUUGACAUCACUACUGAACAGCCAGUGACAGAGUCUGUCAGCUGAGAAAGUUCAAGCGAGCAGCAGAAAACUUUAAAAGUUUCACCAAACUGCGAUUUCGGGCUGUUUUUUUUCUGUUAAUGCUCAAUGCAGUUUUGGUUUUUUUUCCUUCUCGUUUUUUUAAAUAUUUGCCUUGAUUUUCCUCGUGUAGUCGGUCGUGGCGUUGCUCGGGUCAAACACAAACACUGCAUAUGAGAACCAGUGCGUUUUACACAUGGUGAUGUAAUGGCGGUUCAUCGUUGACAAACUUCUGUUAACCGUCAUCAACCGAAAACGCUGCUGCUUUUGCUCUUACGUUUUUGGUUUGUCGAUGACGAAGCACUUUUGCGUCACAUCUAAACGGAAACGGCCGCCUCUCUCACUCCUUUGCUCAUUGAUUUGUUGGUCCUUCAGCGAUGAACCACGGACUAGUCACAAUGUUUUGACCGCAACUGUCCCACUCCCGCUCUGUUGUUCGUUUAUAUGUCGACGAUGCACCGCUGUUAUGUCUAAACCGAAAACGCUGCCACUCUCACUCUUUCUCUGUGACAUUAGCAGGGACCACAGGCUUAUUUUUUCUUUUUUUUAAAAAGUCGUUUACUUUUUGUUUUUCUUAAAUUUUUGUUAUUUUUCUACUUUUUUGAAACAGGUCUGGGUUAUUUCCUCAAUUUUGUGAGGGUGUCUUAAGAGACAACCUACAUUCUUCCUCUGCCGUUGAGAAAUUGGACCAACAGUGCAUUUUAUUUUUAUUAUUAUUUUUACUUUUAUGUCUUCUGCCACUCCACAACCAUUUUCUCUUUGUCUUAAAAACAGCCGAUCACCUUUGGGGGGGUGUUUUCAUGUAGAAAUGUCCACGUGCAUGCUUCGUCAGGCUCAGAGUGUCACCUGAACAACUCACCUAAAACUAAAAAUAUCUUCAUUUUUUAAAAUCUUUUUCUUUGGUUCUAAUAUAUGUUUCAGAUCCUUCUAGUACAGAUAAUGAAGUUCAAUAUGUAUAAUAGACACUAAAGCGUCGAUGUUUAAUGGUCAACGUACGUCAUGUACUGCAGACAGAAGGGGAGGUACAGCUGUGGAGAAAUGAAGGUUGCUUGCUUGUCGUCGGCUCUUCGCACCGCGCUGCGUUCAGAUUUUCUGCUCUUUGAUACUCGUGUUGCUCUCCGUCACUGUAUAUCUAUUGUACUGAACAUGUAUGGAAGUUAACGCCAUCUUACUGCACAAUCAGAACUACAUCUAUAGGAAUGAAGAAGAAGCUGUUUAAGGCUGAAUAUUUAAACAGAAGUUAGACCAUAAAGGCUUUUCUCAUGUAUGAAACUGCACCUGUAGACUUUAAAUCUCUCUCUCUCUCCUCUCUCUCUCUCUCUCUCUCUCUCUCUCUGUGUGUGUCAAAUAUGUGCGAUGUCA